AUGGCUACCGCCAUGGCAUCCUCCCUCUCUCUGGGACUCUCAUCCCUCUCUCUCGCGCCCACCGCCGCGAUCGACGGCCCGUCCACCGCGCGUCCUCUCAGCUUCUCCGCGAGCUCCCUCCGCGGAUCCGCGCUUUCCCUGUCCGCCUCCGCGCCCCGCCAGCGUGCGGAAGCCGCAUUCGUCUGCAAGGCCUCGUACGCGGACGUGGAGGGCGAUCAGGAGGAGAGCGAGGAGGACAUUCGCGCGGGCUACGAGGCGCUUUACGGAAAGCCGUUCGGCGUCGUCAAGGACUCUAAGAGCUUCUCCGCGUCCGAUGAGGACGACGAGGAGGCUCCCGCGCGCAGGCAGCGCAGGGGAGCGCGCACCGGCGGCGAUUCCGACAACAGCAGCGAGGGCGGCAGCGGCGGCGGACGCGGCGGUCGGCGCGGGCUCCAGGCGUCCGACGGUAUGUCGGAGCGCGUGCUGCAGGUGCGCCGCGUGACGAAGGUCGUGAAGGGCGGCAAGCAGCUGUCCUUCCGCGCGGUAGUCGUUGUCGGGGACCGCGGGGGGCAGGUCGGCGUGGGCGUCGGAAAGGCGAAGGAAGUUUCCACCGCAGUGCAGAAGGCGGUCAAGGACGCGCGGCGCCACAUGGUGCGCGUGCCGAUGACCAAGUACCGCACGUUCCCGCACCGCUCCGAGGGGACUUUCGGCGCGGCGUCGGUGAUGCUGCGGCCCGCGGCGACCGGUACGGGGGUUAUCGCGGGAGGUGCGGUGCGCGUGGUGCUGGAGCUCGCGGGGCUGGAGAACGCGCUGGGGAAGUCGCUGGGGAGCCCGAACCCGCUGAACAACGCGCGCGCCGUGCUAGACGCGGUGAGCAAGAUGAAGCAGUUCAAGGAGGUGGCGGAGGAGCGCAACAUCCCCAUGGAGGUGCUCUGGCGAUGA